CGCAGGCGCUUCCCCGUACAGUGCCCCGGCCCCAGCGGCCUCCAACCAGGAAGCGCCCCGGUGUGUGACACCUACUCACUGCAGCUAUGGAAACCCCACUCCCACCCCGCCUGCGGCCACAGCGCCGCCCCAUAGGGCGAGCCCACGGCCGCCGCCAUCUUGGGCUCACAACGAGGCUGAGGGGGACCGAGUGUCGCCACACGGGGCGAGCCCGCGGCCGCCGCCAUCUUGGGCUCACAACGAGGCUGAGGGGCCCAGGUGCUGCCCUGUGCGGGAGCAGGUGGUUCUCCCUCUGUGCAAAGGGAAGGCUGGCCCUUGCUGGAGUCAGACACAUUAUGUUGAAUAACCCGAAGAAAAGAAAUGCUCUGUCACUCUCUAUGCUGAAGUGUCUCCGCGAUGAUAUUCUGCAUGAUAUCAAAAGCAAGGCUCUCAGAGUCAUCAUCAUUUCAGCGGAAGGACCUGUAUUUUCAGCUGGCCAUGAUUUAAAAGAAUUGUCUAGUGAAUGGGACAUGAAGCACCAUAUCGAAGUAUUUGAUACCUGUGCUGAGGUCAUGACUCUGCUCCAAAAACUCCCCAUACCAGUGAUUGCCCAGGUAAAUGGUUUGGCUACGGCAGCAGGCUGCCAGCUGGUGGCGAGCUGUGACAUUGCAGUAGCGAGUGAGAAAUCCCAGUUUGCUACACCCGGAGUCAACGUUGGGCUGUUCUGCUCCACACCAGCUGUGGCCGUGGGGAGAGCCCUUUCUAAAAAGGUUGCAUUAGAGAUGCUGUUCACAGGAGAGCCUAUUUCUGCCCACAAUGCUUUGCUGCAUGGACUUCUCAGCAGGGUGGUACCAGAAGACAAGCUGGAAGAGGAGACCAUGAAAAUUGCACGCAAGAUAUGUGAAGCCAGCCGGUCUGUUGUGGCACUGGGGAAAGCCACCUUUUACAGACAGAUGGCACUGGACCUUGAUGCUGCCUACAGAAUGACCUCCCAAGUCAUGGUGGACAAUCUGACCCUGAAGGAUGGGCAUGAAGGAAUAGAGGCCUUUAUUCAGAAAUGCAAGCCUACCUGGUCACAUGACGUGAGCACAGCUUGCAAAUGAGCACGCUCAGGCUUAGCUAACUCACACCAGUGUCUUCUCUGUGAAAGUCCCAGGGACUGUAUUUUUGGUAUUGCUGAAAACGAUUUCACUUCUGUAUGGUGUAGCUGAUGGCCACUGGCAAUGAUAAGGAAGGAAGGAAGGAGGAAGAUAAUGGCUAAUAUUUCAGGUUGUUCUUCAAGGGAUGCCAACAAUCAUAUUACAAGGUUUCUGAGGACACAAUAAAAUGAAGUAAAUCAAACCAACCUUGUCAGAAACUCAGACUUGUGUCAGAAGGGCUCAGUUCUAUCUGGUGCUGUCGUCAAUGUAACAUAUUCAUGGCUACUUGGAACUUCAAGAAACUUUGGGGAAAGAACUUGGAUCCUCCUCUUCUGAAAACAUAGGCCCCCCUACUCCUUGAGCCAAGUGAGAAUCUCCAUUAGUUAAGAAUCUAUAACACAGCUACAGGAUUUAGAGUCAUCCUGGAGCAGGCAGUUGUAUAUAUACAUACACAUUAUAGUUAAUUACAGCAUGAAUACUGUACAAUUAUGAUAGAGACAGAAGCUUGCUAGAGUCCUUUCCCCUUAUUAAAAUGUGAUUCUGA